AUGCCAAAUGAUAGCCAAAACAUCACAUCCACUCCUAAUUCGUUUUCAACUAGUGAUUCUUUCCCACAUCCUUAUAAUUAUACUACUGUUACUAAUAUUAACGUUUAUGAAACUACUGAGACUAUUGAGACUACUGAAAAUCUCCAGAAUAUUCAACCCUCGUCAUAUUUUCAUAAUGAACAAAUAAUGCCAACUAAUGAUCAAAAUAGAUCUUCCUUUUCAACUAACGAUUUAUACGGUUCCUUCUAUUCCGAAAUUCUACAUCUUUACAUUAACCCUUAUGAUGAGGCUAUCGAAGCUUCCCAAAACUUUAUAUUCCCAAUUUAUUUGCCUGAAUAG